CUUUAAAAGUUAACUCGCAGUUCUAUGCAGGGUAAGACAGACGGCAGUUGCAUUUUCAACAGUAAUCACACAACUACGAAAUGUCCGUCGCGACAGCUAAACAAAUCCGUGAUUAUACGAUGCUGCUGGACCCAUCGGAGCAGCUUCGGCCUGAACCAAUAUACGCCGGAAAACUGCAAAGUGAAUUCCGUAAUUUCAAUGAAGAGUCUGAAGAUCCUAUCAAGCAACGCGUUCGCAAAACAUACGAACUGAUGCACACCAAUCAAACCGUCGAAUUCGUGAAAUCUCGCAUGAAAGAUUGGCUUCGGUUUAAUAAAUUCAAAAUGACGGUGAAAGACGCCCUGCUUAAACUGAACGAUCUCGUGGAUGAAAGCGAUCCGGACACGAGCCUACCAAAUAUUGUCCACGCGUUCCAAACAGCAGAAUCCAUCAGAGAGAAGCAUCCGGACAAGGGCUGGUUCCACCUCACUGGCUUAAUUCACGAUCUUGGCAAAGUGAUGGCAUUUUACGGAGAACCCCAGUGGGCGGUAGUUGGUGACACAUUCCCUGUCGGUUGUGCCUGGGGUGAUUCCAUCGUCUACAGAGCGACGAGCUUUGAUAAUAAUCCUGAUGGCAAAGAUUCUCGUUACAACACAAAAUGCGGUAUGUACAAACCUAAGUGUGGAAUAUCCAAUCUGAUGAUGUCAUGGGGCCAUGACGAGUACUUGUACCGCUUACUCGUGCACAACAAGAGUAAAUUACCGAAGGAAGCUUUAGCUAUGAUCCGUUAUCACUCCUUUUACCCUUGGCACGCCGGUGGCGACUACAUGCACUUCUGCACUUCAGAAGACAUCGAGAUGUUGAAAUGGGUGAUGGAAUUUAACAAAUUUGAUCUUUACACCAAGAGUGACUCCGUCCCGGACAUUGAAAAACUAUGGCCUUACUACGAGAAAUUGAUUGACGAAUACAUUCCUGGUUUGAUUGAGUGGUGAUCCUAGUAUAUGUAUUCGUAUUUUUUCAUGAUUGUGCAAGUAAUAUGAAUUUACUUUAUUUCUAGACAUAUGUAUAUACAAGAAUUUUAUAAUUUUAAC